AUGGAGGCCGCCAGGACCGUGAAGGACGUGUCGCCGCACGAGUUCGUGAAGGCGUACGCUUCUCAUCUGAAGCGGUCGGGGAAGGUCAGAUUCAUCUUCUUCGAUUCGAUGUCUAUCCUUAACUUUGUGAGACUAGAAGGGGUUGUAAUCAGAUUAGGUUCUGUAGAUGUUUUCUCUCGUAUCUUGUGUCAUCCUUAUAGGUGUGGUUAUGUGGCACUGGAUUGUUAGGCCUUUGUUUCACUUGUAAAAAUCGGUAGCGAUUGAGAUUGAAAAUCUUCAUAUGUAUUGUUUUUCUAAUGACGUCGAUCUCUAAUUUUCUUCUUAGUAGUGGUCAGCAAUGUCUAGGUUUCAACUCACGGAGAACUCUUUUUUGACGAUUAUCUGUUCUUUUUUGCCGAGUUCUUGGUUUUACUCUAGAUGGGGCACAUCUAGAUUCUAUGGCUCAUUUUCCUUAAGAGUAAAAUAUGUGACUCUAUAACUUGAUAAAUAGCUUCCUCCUUCAGAAUCGCCAGUUGUGGUCCGUCUCAUCUCUAGUUAAAUGACCAAUUGGUUUUGAUUUCUGUCCUCGUAGAUUCGAAGUUUUAUGGGUCGUUUUCGGGCACAAUCGUAGAACAGGUAUGUAACAGUGUGUUUGUUCCUAGAACACCGGGAAGCUUUGCUGAGGAACGACACUUCAUGUUUUCACUAUGGCGAUUGCUCUUCAGCAAGAGCCUGAUCAACAUGCUUCUGGAUCAAAAACAGUCUAUCAUUCAUCUCUGUUUAGUAUCAUCCAAGGGAAAGUGGUGAAAGUUUUUCUAAAGGUAGCAGCUAAGAGGAAAUCAGUCACGUUGUACGGCUAAAUACGUUAAUUUCUAUUCAUGGGUAAAAAAAAAAAGAAUAACUCCUUGGUUUCGUCAAUUUCCUCAAAACAUAGCUUCAGAGAGCAUUUCAGGAUAUUCCUUUUUUUUUAACCCAGUCAAGAUCUCUGUUUACUAUAAUCCAAGGGAAAGUGGUGAAAGUUAUUGUAUAGGUAGCAGCUAAGAGGAAAUCAGUCAUGUUGGAUGUUAAUUUCUAAUAGGAAAGAAAGAAGAAAGAAUAACUCCUUGGUUUCGUCAAUUUCCUCAUAAUAUGGCUUCAGAGAACAUUUCAGGAUGUCCUUUUUCUUUACACCCAGUCAAGAUCGCUGUUUAGUGUCACCCAAGGGAAAGUGAUGAAAGUUAUUCUAGAGGUAGCUGCUAAGAGGAAUUCAGCCACGUUGUACGGCUAAACAUGUUAAUUUCUAUUCAUAGGACGAAGAAGAAGAAAGAAUUACUCCUUGGUUUCGUCAAUUUCCUCAAAACAUCCUAUUUCAGCUGGUCUGUGGCACAUUGCCAUUGCUAUCUCGUCUGGGCUUACCAACAAGGUGUCUAAAUUUUGGGAUUAAAUAUUUUUCUUCCCCAUUGCAAGGUAAAUGUUAAGAUCACGUUUCUUGAAUCGGGAUGAGAAAGUGUUAAUAUCAUCCAUGAAAGAAUGUUUCGGUGUUUUCCCUUGUAAAAUGUGCUAAAAAACCAAUUAAUUGAGGAAGAUAUUCGUGUGAUUUAAUGCCUUUUUCUAAGUUAGAUCCAAAUAAAUGAAUCACAGCUUACAUUGUGCUGUUUCCUGUUUAUCAGAUCGAGCUUCCUCAUUGGGCUGACAUUGUAAAGACCGGGAUGCACAAGGAGCUUGCUCCAUAUGAUCCUGACUGGUACUACACGAGGGCUGGUGAGCAGUCUUCUCCCAUGGUUGUCCAUUUCUUUUCUCAGUAAUCUACGGCCCUCUUUUGCCUGCAAUCUUUUUUAAAAGCUUUGGCAUUUAUGUGUCCAUUUCCUCAACAGCAUCAAUUGCAAGGCACAUCUAUCUGAGGCAGGGAUUGGGCGUGGGUGCCCUGCAGAGAAUCUAUGGCGGGCGUAAGAGGAAUGGCAGCCGCCCACCGCAUUUCUGCAAGAGUAGUGGGUCAGUCGCUCGGCACAUCCUGCAGCAAUUACAGCAAGUGGGCAUCAUCGACAUUGAUACAAAAGGGUAAUCUUAUUAUGCAAUUACAGCAAUUACAGCAAUUACAAGUGAGCUUUGGAUGAUUUCCUGAAUAAUUAGUGCGGUAAAUUUUCUGUGUAAUCUUAUUAUGCCGUGAUUAAUAAGUGAUUUGGUUAAUGCUUGUGAGAAUUGCCUUCUUUUUAGCGCAUCUAUUUCGGAUGAAUGAAUGAAUAAGAUCAGAAGAUCAGAUGCUCAUUCAUCAGAUUUUCUGUGUAAUCUUAUUAAUGAAUGAUUAAUAAGUGCUUUGGUUGAUGUUCAUGAAAAUUACCUUCUUUAACCCAUUAAUUUUGGAUGAAUGAAUGAGAUCAAAAGAUCAGGUGCUCAUUCAUCAGAUUUUCUGUGUAAUCUUAUUAAUGCAUGAUUAAUAAGUGCUUUGGUCAAUGUUCAUGAAAAUUGCCUUCUUUAACCCAUCAAUUUCGGACGAAUGAAUGAGAUCAGAAGAUCAGAUCCUCUUUGAUCAGAUUGUACUGGUAGUUGCGUUGGAGAGAAUUUGUCACAAAAGCUUCCACAUUCAGCAUUUUAAUUUACAUUUUUUAUUUUUCCAAUAAUGUCAGAGGGAGGAGGAUCACUUCCCAGGGUCAGCGGGAUCUUGAUCAAGUUGCAGGGAGGGUAGUGGUUGCCCUCUGA